AUGAUUUUCAGCAAAAUUGAGAAUUCAUCACAACAGCACAGCCCGGCCUCCAACAGCUCAUCGGCCAAGUCGGAGGAUAGCGGUUUGGAAGAUGGAUCGAAAAAAUCAAUGCUAGGCGUCUCAAAUAGGCUAGUCAACGGCUCAAAGAGCGCCGCCAAAUCGAUCUCGCGCAAGUCUUCGCGACUCUCCCAAUCGUCUGGAAUUUCGAUGCCUCCUGUCCUUGAGCAACUCGAGCAAAUGAUUGUCUCUGAUGAAUGGGUCGGGAAUGAUUCGAACGUGGUUGGUAUCACAAAACCCCAUGCUCAACUCAAUAAAACCCGAUCUCGCGAUGGACAAAGACUUUCGGAGCUUGGACGAACCCUUGUGACCUCGGCUUCCCUUAAAUCCUACAUCGAUCUUCUUAGCAGCCAUCAUAGACAGAGCAUUGCAGCUUGGCUGUAUGGAAAUGUUAACCACACUUUUAGCAACUUAUUCAGAUUUCAAGAUUCUCAAGUUUAUUGUUCUGAUGCCGAAGCAACACUUUCUCUUUCAAUCCGAAAUGGAAUUGGUCAUGCCGUUAAACUUGCUUUGAAAAAUGUCUAUGGGGGCGAUUAUUCGACGAAAGGAUGGAAAGUUUUCGUCGAGCAGGGAUCACCAGUUGUCUAUGUUUCGCCGGCAUUGCACAUGGAUGUUUCAGCUUACUUAGCCUCCGAAUUCGGAAUUGCUGAUGUCACAAUUCUUCCGAAGAUUGAGUCGGAAUUGAGCGAGAUUGAAGGAAGAAUUGAUCACGUGGCUUUUGAAAAGAUUCUCGAUGAGGAUAUUGCCAACGGAAAGAAGCCACUUAUUGUGAUCGGCGUUGUUGGAUCGACAAUCCUCGGUCAGAAUGAUAUGAUCUCCAAGAUUCUCGAAAUUCGUAAAAACAAGUGCAACUUCUGGAUUCAUAUCACCGGCCAAGCAAUUGCUGCUCUUGCCUUCAGAGAGCCUAACAAUGUUCUUGUUCACGUUCUUUCACAGGUUGACAGUUUGACUAUUCCUAUGGCUCUAUGGCUUGGAAUCCCUUCCGCUCCAGUUGUGACUCUUCAUAAACAAGUGGAGAGCUACAAGGCAACAUAUCGCGAGAAGCUUGAUACAUUGCCAUGGUGGGUGGCGACUUCUUAUCUGACUGGAAAGAAAAUCGUGGAUAUGAUUGAAAAUGCUUAUCUCUUGAGCAAGAUAAUGCUGAAAGGUCUCUCAACAAACUCGCAGAUUGAAAUCGUUGGGGUCGAAAAUCCAGUUGAUUUCGCUAACCGAGUUUACAAAAACAAAUACACCGCUCCAACCGUUCUCAUUUUCAAAUACCGCUACGAUAACAUCAAAGCGUCGAUCCAGAAACACAAGGAACUAAUCGAGAAAAAUGAGGAUCAUGAAGCGAUCGCUCAUGCCGAGAAGGUCUUGAAGGAUGAAUUAGAAUAUGGGGAUUCACUUAACUCUUGGCUUGGACAAGGACUUUUGGCUGAAUGCCAAUCUCUUGGAAUCGACAUGAUUGAUCUUGGAGGGAAUCAUGGAACUGCUUUCCGGUUCUGCCCGUUGGAGCAUGCAGCAACAUAUUCUUCUCAUGUUGACCACGUUCAACGCUUCAUCAGACAAAUUUCGGACAUCAUCCGAAUUGUUGACUCGACGGUUGCUGCGAAAUCAAUGUUUGCCGAUUUAAAGGACGAAUUCCCGUCGUUGACAUUGCUCCCAAUCCAGAAAUGGGCUGGAAUUGGAGCCGUCUGUUACAUUCCGUCAAUUGUCAAGGAGACUAAUCCGGAAGAAUGGAAUGAUGUUCAGAAGCAACAAAUUUCUCAUCUCAACUUGGAGUUGGUUCACCAAUUGCGAAGCGUCGAUACAGCAUUCUCUUCAGGGGAGAGCACCAGCUACGGGGUCUCUUGCGUCAAAUUUGGAAUGCUUUCUGAUGCGAAGGACUUGAAUGAUUUGGUUCAAAUGGUCGCCCAAAAGGGAAAGGAAAUUGAAAAUAGCCAGCAGUAUCUUGACAGUUUGGCUGAAUUGAUUCGACAGGGAAUUGAGGCUGCCAACGAGCAUUUGAGAAAGGAAAAUGACAUGCGUCUUCAAAACGAGGGUGUGAUUAGACAACUUCCAAUUAUGGGAUCAUUGGUUAAUUGGCUUUCUCCACUUGAUAAGGAGACACAAAAUAUUCGCGGUAGAACGUUCAACUUGAAGACUGGAGAGAUCAAGGAAACUGAAGUGCUCUACAAAACUAGCAAGACUGGAGAAUCAAAGACACCAAUGACACCUAUUGAAACUCCACAGGCUCCUCAUGACUUCUCCUCAAAGCGCGAUGAAACGAUUAGCCAGAAAAUCGAAGAGCAACCAGAUGAAGAAGAAAAAUCGGCAAUUGAGGAAGCUAAAGAAGCUAAAGAAGCUACGGAAACUAUUAAUAAUGGGCAAAAUCAGAAAACAACUCUUUAA